UGGGUAGGAAGGGCGUGGAGAGCAGGUCGCCCUCGGAUCCUGGAGAAAGCGUUCGGCCCUCGUUUCCCCGGCCACGGAGAGCCAACUCCGCUUUCCCCACGCUACCCGCGGUGGGCGACGGGGACCGGGCCCGGCCCCGGGCGCCUCGGCACCCACAGGCUUCCCAGGAGUUCCGUCCCCACCUGUCCUCAGGAUGGGGUUGAGGAUGACCAGCCCCUUCCCCGGCCUCCCGGUGCAGUGGUCCAGCCUUUGCAUCCACUGAGGAGAAGCGGCCCGACCCACCGAGCCAUCUGCAGCAUCCACCCACCAAAUCAGGCAGGAUUCCCCCCGCUCCCCAGCCACUGGCCCCUCAAACGGGAGUUGCCUUUUGACGUUGUAACCCUGAGCUUCGAGGCCCUCAGCUAUUCCCCUUCAUCCGGUCUCCCCAUUCCUUGAGCCAACGCAGAGCCUUCUUCCUUAGCCUCCCAGGUGGAAUGAAUCUAACUUGCUGAAUAUCUCCUGGUUACUGGUUGAAUUCACUUAUAAAAGAAUCAUCUUCCCCUGCGUGGAAGUCACUUAGUGGAAUAUUUAAUUACAAAUCCAGGGAUUGCAAAGCCUUUUGAUUUCCCAAAGGAAGGGGACAUACCACUAUAUCAACUAAGCUUGACAUUACAGCCAAAAUGGUGCUGUCCCAAAGACAACGAGAUGAACUAAAUCGGGCUAUAGCAGAUUAUCUUCGUUCAAAUGGUUAUGAAGAGGCAUAUUCAGUUUUUAAAAAAGAAGCUGAAUUAGAUAUGAAUGAAGAAUUAGAUAAAAAAUAUGCUGGACUUUUGGAAAAAAAAUGGACAUCUGUUAUUAGAUUACAAAAGAAGGUUAUGGAAUUAGAAUCAAAACUAAAUGAAGCAAAAGAAGAAUUUACAUCAGGUGGACCUCUUGGUCAGAAACGAGACCCAAAAGAAUGGAUUCCCCGUCCACCAGAAAAAUAUGCAUUGAGUGGUCAUAGGAGUCCAGUCACUCGAGUUAUUUUCCACCCUGUGUUCAGUGUUAUGGUCUCUGCCUCAGAGGAUGCUACAAUUAAGGUGUGGGAUUAUGAGACUGGAGAUUUUGAACGAACUCUUAAGGGGCAUACAGACUCUGUACAGGAUAUUUCAUUUGACCACAGUGGCAAACUUCUGGCUUCCUGUUCUGCAGAUAUGACCAUUAAACUAUGGGAUUUUCAGGGCUUUGAAUGCAUCAGAACCAUGCACGGCCAUGAUCACAAUGUUUCUUCAGUAGCCAUCAUGCCCAAUGGAGAUCAUAUAGUGUCUGCUUCAAGAGAUAAAACUAUAAAAAUGUGGGAAGUACAAACUGGCUACUGUGUGAAGACAUUCACAGGACAUAGAGAGUGGGUACGUAUGGUGCGGCCAAAUCAGGAUGGCACUCUGAUAGCCAGCUGUUCCAAUGACCAGACUGUGCGAGUAUGGGUCGUAGCAACAAAGGAAUGCAAGGCUGAGCUUCGAGAACAUGAGCAUGUGGUAGAAUGCAUUUCCUGGGCUCCAGAAAGCUCAUAUUCUUCCAUCUCUGAAGCAACAGGAUCUGAGACUAAGAAAAGUGGCAAGCCUGGGCCAUUCUUGCUAUCUGGAUCCAGAGACAAGACUAUUAAGAUGUGGGAUGUCAGUACUGGCAUGUGCCUUAUGACCCUUGUGGGUCAUGAUAACUGGGUACGUGGAGUUCUGUUCCAUUCUGGGGGGAAGUUUAUUUUGAGUUGUGCUGAUGACAAAACCCUACGUGUAUGGGAUUAUAAGAACAAGCGAUGCAUGAAGACCCUCAAUGCGCAUGAACACUUUGUUACCUCCUUGGAUUUCCAUAAGACGGCACCAUAUGUGGUUACUGGCAGUGUAGAUCAAACAGUAAAGGUGUGGGAGUGCCGUUGAUUGAGUCUCUUUUGGCCCCUCCUCCUGAUUUUCCUCUGGAUGCACUCUGAUGAUACCAUGGUUACCCUAUUGAGCUCUGUUUAAAUAAAUAUUGUCCUUUCAUGUAAAUUAUUCUGGAUGUAGAUUGAGCUUAUUAAAUGUUACACACAAAGUAUUCAUGCAUGGUGAAUCCAAAUUGUAUACUGUAAAUUUACAUACGUUGUCUAGAAGUACCAUAGGGUUUAAAAACCUGGGCUGGCAUUGGUCACACCAGGCCUAAGAAGGCAGAAAUUGAAUAAUUGAACUAGGGCACUAAACUGAAUAAAUUGACAGUGUCAUUUUA